AUGAAGAAGCAGCUCAACAAGCUCUUCGGCGGCCUGCGUAAGCCGACCGACGCCCAUGAUGGGAAGACUGCGACGUCGCCGCCACCAGCGCCCAUGUCCCCGCCGGUCGUCGUCGUCGAUGCGCGGCUAACCAAGAUGACGCCACGCAUGAAGGACAUUGCGAUGGCCUGCAAGCUCAUGAUCGCGGCCAUGAAGCGUGAUGGAACGAGCGCCGACGUCGCCAAGCUGACAACGUCCGUCCACACCGCGACCAAGACGAUGCACGAGAUGGCCGGCGACGGCUGCAUCCAACGGUACUUUGCAAGCGACGCAGGCACAGCGUUCUGUGACCAGUCGACCUUUCCCGCGCUCGUCGUCGAGACGCUCGACCGCCUCCGGCUUUUCUUUGUCGUCGAGCAUGUAAAGACGCUCGGCGCAUUAGAAACCCCGCUGGAUCCACAGGUAGAUGCUUGCAUGGGGAUGCUCGGCGCUUGCCUCCUCGCGCUCUGUGGCAACUCACGGGUCAUGGAGAGCUACCGCUGCGAGCUGGGAAACCUCCUUCGCCUCGCCGCCGAGAUUUACACCCCGUCGUGCUUUGGACUCCGUUCCUAUAUCUGCAACGCGAUUGACGCCGCGACACUCAACGCCGGCGCGGUGUGGUACCUGCACGACUCGCGCGCCAUUGAGCGGAGCCUAGCGACCAUGCGCCAGCUCACGUACGCGACCGCCGUGACGCCGACGAACGCCGCGACAGCGAUCUCGACCAUGCACUCGCUCGCGCUCGAGGCCGACGCCCUGCCCCUUGAUACGCACUUGGCCGUGAGUCGCGCGCUCGGACUCGUGCAAACAUCGGCGCCGGACGCCGUCGAGGAGGUGCGGUCGCCGGAACAUACCUUUACGCUCGCCAACCACGACGCGGCCGUGGGACUGAGCGUGCUGAUCCGCCUCGUUGUCGCUAGCGCCAAACACGCACUCAUCCUCGUCCACGAUUUCCACGCGGCGCGCGGCUACGACGUGCUCUGGAGCGUAUAUCGAUCCGCCAACGACAGCGCGGUAGCGCUCUAUCGCAUGCUCUUGCCCCUCGGCGACGGGCCGGAGAGCGUCCGCAACGAAGCGGCCAUCGUCGCCUUGAAAGACCACGUCGUCGAGAAACUCGAUGAUGAGCAGCGCAUUGGCCUCUUUGCGCUUCUGACGUCCGUGUACACGGGCGACGUGGCGACCUUCACACGCCUCGAGCCCCGUCAGCACGUGCUGGCGUCGCUCGUGUCCAAGCUGCCGCAAGUCAUGUGGGCGGCCCAGCCAAGCGUCCUACUCGCCGUCGAAGCCGUCGGUGUCGUCGCCGACUUUGGUCUUGUCCGGGACAGCCUCUCGGUGCUAUGUGCAUUGUGCAUGGACGCCUCGACACAGGAGCUCGAUACCGUCACCGACCACAGCUUUGCGGUACGCGCGUGCGACACCUUGCGUCGCCUCCUCGAUGCCGCACCGACCGAGCAUCCACUGCGAUCUGCGCUGGUCGAGUUUGGGCUCGUCGAUCGCGGGCUUGUCGCCGUGGUUGCCACCACAGCUGACCGCUCGCCCGAAGCACUCGCGCCGGUGCGCCAUGUGCUACAAGCAUGGGCGGGCCUCGGCGCAGGUCUCUUUAUGCGCAACGCAGCGGCGGCAGCGCGCUGGCGAGCGACCGAUGCUGCGACGCACCUCGAGAAGCUUCUGCUUGCCCUCGUCCUCGACCGAGAGACUUGCACUGCACUGAUAUCGAUUCCUUGCACGCUGGCUGAGAUCGACACGGACGACAAUGUCCAGGGGGAUGUGGCGCGUGCGUUGGGCUUGUGCCAAACGUACAGCACUGAUACGACGCACUUGUCACCUGCCAUCACGCUCUUGCGAUGUCUUUUGACAGCUCACGUGCGCGUCCAGCGUCUCUUUGUGUGUUGUGUGCGAGGCACCGAAGUACUCCUCGAGCUCCUCUCGAAUCUGCCAUGCGAAGAAACACACCUCCGCAAUGAGCUCCUCAGCAUCCUAUCGGUGCUCUGGCGCACGACGGACCUCUGCGACUAUGCGUCAGCCAACGACUUGUACGCGGUGCUGGCAUCCCACCUCGUCCGCUGGAUUGACGUUGACGGGGCUGCGCUGUUGGAGCUCGUUUUGGGCCUGGCGUUUGAGAUACGUGAGACGGAUGUCUGCGUGCACCAUGCGGCGGCUGCCUCCGUGCUCUGCAGUCUUCUCACCUCGGUGUCGUCGCCAGCCGAGUGGAUCAACGCGUGGUAUACGCGCGUGUUGCAACGCUUGCGAUCCCCUGAGAAAGCGCAGCUGGUCGCAGCCGGUCUCUUUCGCUGGCUCUUGCCGCUUGUGACCGCGUCGUCUGACUCGGCCCUGUACGUGCCUCUCUUGCGCUGCUUUGCGUACGACGCGAUGCCGCUUCCGCAGCUUCGCGACUGCUUGCGGGUCGUGCAUGCGUUGCCACCGUCCUUGGGGCUAGGCUUUCUCUACGAGCUCGUCAAAGCGUCGAACGUGCCGCACACGCGGUUUGGACCGAAAGCCCUGACGCACGUUGCGUCCGACAAGGUGUGGCCGACGACGUCGGGCUACUCAAUCGCGUGCUGGCUGCAAUUCACGCCGCCAACGACCUCCGUCGUCGCAAAGAGCGUCACGACGUCGCUCGCGCUGUGCGAAGGUGUGCUGGACUUCGACGACUGUGGACCGCAAUACGCCGUCCUCGUCGGCUCAACGCUGACGUUGUACGCCUCCAAGGACGCGGCCGUCACCGGCGCGAAUGAUGCAGUGACACUCGACGUUGUCGACGUCGUCACGGACAAUUUGGACGACCCGCUUGCGUUUGGGGUCGUGCCCCGGGGUGGCGCCGGUGCGAUCCACGCACGGGCCGAGACAGACGCCGACUGGAACAUGUGGCUGCGCGCGCUGGCGCAAGUCGCGUCGCCACGCCCGAUCGCACCGCUGCUGUCGCUGUACGCGGCCGACCAGCCGCUUUGCUACACCCGCGUCUACUUUGAUGGCAGCCUCCGCAUCGACGCGGCGUCGUCGACGAAAAAGUCCUCGGUCAUCUUCAAGAACGUCGAGAUGGGCCUCUUCCUCGGAAGUUGGCACCAUAUCGUACUCACGCACCGCAAAUCCGUCGUCGGUAGCUCGCUUGUGACCUUGUACAUUGACGGCGCCGAGGUCACGUCCAAGAAACUCCACUACCCCGCAUCGCUCGCGCCCACGGCGCUGCGGGUGACGUUGGGCCACGACCCGCAGUGUCCCAGUGCAACGUCCGGCCACGACCUCUGUUUGGGUCCCGUGUGGCUGCUUGCCGACGUCUUGCCGCCGAUCGGCGCGACGGUCAUGUUUCUUCAAGGCCCGAGCUUUGGCCACCGCUUCACGGGCAACACAACGGCGUACGGAGCGUUGUACGAUUGGACCGAGGCGGUGAUGUGCCACUUGCUGCACCGUCUCUCGGGGCGCCGCGUGGACGUGAGUCGGGCUGCCAAGCGCCUCGGACUGCUCAAAUGCCUCGCCGCGACCCAGCGCGAGUGGGCACUGCCAGCCCACGACAAGGUGGGCGACGACGACGAGGUCGCACCCAUCGAGCUCGGGUUCCGUGCGUUCCUAGAGGCCAACUGCAAGCUCUCGACGCUCGGGCGCGAGCUACUCCACGUUGUGUCGAGCUUCAAGUGGCCCGACGACCUCGUGCUGUACGCGUCGCCGAGUAUUGACGUCUUGCCAGAGAGCGUGCUGCCCUUGGACCUGCCACGGCGCCUGCCGAGCCUCGGUGGCCUUCACUCGGUGCUCCUUCCGUGGCUUACCCGAAUCACAACCACUGACGAGAUGGAGAUGGCCCUGCGCGUUCUUGUGCGCUGCCUCAAGGCAUCGGCGUCGGUGCUCGCCGCCUUUCUGGAGACGCACGGCCACUAUUGGCUCGCGGCCUUUGCGCAGGCGCACAGCGCUCUUCUCGACGACCGCAUCCUCCAGACGCUGUGCAAGACCGCGAUCUCUGGGUCGCUCAAGCUCGAUGCUGCGUGCAUGGACGCUGCGUUUACGGCGCGGGCCGACAAGUUUCCGUUCCCGGUAAUUGUCAACAGCCACGCGAUGGCCCAAUUGGUACUGAAUCCGGUCGUGCGGGGAUCGCUCUCGAGUCCGCUCCAGCACCUCUUGCUCCGUUUGGUCUCGUAUCUCUUGCACCCGGCCAACCCCAACGCGCUCUUUAACGCAAGACAACUCCGCCACAGCAGCUUUGUGCACUGGCUUCUCGGGUAUCUCGGCGCACUCACGCGCACACCGCAGAGCGUCGAGGCGCCGUCGCUGGUCGAAGCCGUUCUGAGUCUCUUCCGCGCCUUCUUGGUCAUGGAAGCGCACAUUGACGAUGUGAUCGCCGUGUCGGAUCGACUGCUCAUGACGCUCGCCGAUCCAAACGGCGGCGCGCUGCGGCGCUGUCUCUUGCGACAUAUGCUGACCGAGCUCGAUGGACCGGGUUCUGUCCUUGGGCGGACACUCGUCGACGCGGUUAUGUUUCGCCUCGCAUCCGACAAAAAGACGAAAGCCAGUGCCCUUCCGCAAUGGUACCUGGUCGGCGCACCCGACAAGCCCAUUGUCUUUUCACCCGACGGGCUCGAAGUGGUGCUGAUGGAGAUUCUGCUUUUGGCGCCGUCGACGCCCAGCGGUAUGUCGCCGGACGCACUUUUGGCCGAGCGCGUGCUCAUGACGCUCGCCCAAGCGCAACCAGCAUUCGGCGCGCACUUGCUCGUGAAUACGCACCUCGCUCGGCGCUUGCGGCAAGGUAUUUCUCUCCACCGCGAGCACGCAUCCGCACUCGUUCCGCUGCUAGCCUUUGUCGCUCUCAUUCCGCUACCCCACGUGCACUGCGACGCGGCGAGUAUGCGCGACGCGUUUCCAGAGCCAUCGCGCUACACGCCUGUGGCCAUGGACCGUGUGUGCGUGGACGCCGUCUGGGACCUCGUCGGGUGUCUCUGGUCGAAAAAUCAGUCGGACGACGCGUCCGAGCUCACGACGCUCGAGAGUCUGUCGUGGCUCACGGCGCGUCUCGGAGCCGACUCGCUCGUCUUCCAAGCGCUGUGUCGGUCAAGCAGCCUCUUUCUCUCGGUCGUCAUGGACUGCAUCAAGCGCCUUACGGACGUGCUUUUGCCUGCCGAGACCAUUUCGCACAUGGCGGCCGUUUGCCUCGAGACCUUUUUAUGCAAAGCGCUCCUCGAGCGCGAUGACUGGGGCGAUCACAUGCUCUUUACGCUUUGGCGAUGGCGCGACUUGGAGACGGGGCUGGCCGACUGGCUAAGCAUGCUACUGCGCAUUGUGGAGCGCACGGAAAUGCUCACGGCGCACUGUUCGAUUGUCGCCAUGAAGAACCUCUGCGGCUUGUGUUUGGGCUUGCUGCGAGAGAGCGUGCUACCCUUGGAUCUGCCACGUACGCCUGCCGAGCCCUACGUGACCAAACCGGUCGCGUGGGCACCGGCUUUGACGCUAAGCGUCACAACGUUCCUCCUGCAAGCCCUCGAGCACUGCAACGCGCCAGAGAAAACGCCGAUCUUGGGCGCUGAAGUCCAGCAGUACUUUUACUCGCUCCUCGUCUUUGCGACGCAAGGGUUUGUCCUUCAAGGCAUCUACACGGCGCACGACUUUGGCGACGACCAUUGUCGACUCCUCGAGCACCUCGUGGCCCACAAGGAGCUCUUGCUGCAGCAAACCAAAGGGUCGUGCGUUCUCGUGUACGGAGCUGCGCCGAGCGCGAAUGACGCGGUUUCGAGCGGAUUUCGACUGCACAUGCGGCAGCUAAGCAUGCACGGGCACCAAAAGGAGCUGGUCGUUGGCCCCGAGACGGACAAGUCGUUUGCCAUGUGCCUUGCCACGGCCCUCUUUCGAAUGCUGCUCGAUGACAAGGAGGCUGUCACGUGGGUCGCUGUCCAGCUGUGGCAAUUCCUGAUCACGCAGCGGCCGAUGCUGGUGCAAGACUUGCUGGUCGUCGAGCCCAAGACGACGCUCCUUCCGUCCAUGUCAACGUCAAGCGCCAAAAAGGAGGGUAUCAACUUGUAUGUCCGGGGGAUGGACCAAUUGCUGGCGAUUGACGCACCAACGUCACCUGCGUGGCCCGCCUUUGCGGCAUGGGUCACGGCGCAGUACCCGAUCCUCAACGACGUGCUUCCGGCGCGGACCGACCCCAUGUUUGACCUCUUUGUUGACGUGCUUGAAAACGUCUUGGCCGUGCGCAAGAGCUCGGCGACCAAAGUCGAGGUCGCAAUUCACAUUCCGAUCGACCCGACGCUGCCAUCGCCGUCGCCUUCGGUUGGCGCUGCAGUGCCAGAACCGAGCUUGAUGGCCGCGUCGCGACUGCUCGUCGCGACAAACGAUCAGCAGCUGCACCAAGUCGAAGAAAGCAUGCGCGAAGCGGCGACGCAGUGGCAGCACAUUGCGCCACGGUCCCUCUGGGCAAACGUCGACGGAAGCGCGUCAUCGCUCGUCGUGUCGUCGUCGUCCGUGUACCAAGCGUCGUGGAUGGGUCCCAUGACGCUCGAUGGCACUGAAGGCCCUUGUCGCAUGCGCCGCCGACUCAAGCCACGCAAGAAUGCGCCGAUGGACGAUACCAACGAACUCAGUCUUAAGCAGGCGGUCGUUCGGACUCACCCGAGCCUCGAGUUUCACGACAUGGUCGAAGUCUACCGGCAGCUCCAGUACAAGUCGUCGGAGAGUCCUUGUCAUCGUGUGUCGCUCAAGGAGGUCUCUUGCAAAUACCAGCAGACGCGCGACCAUCUUCACGAGUUGGGUGUCGACGCCACGCCUCGUAUGGUCGCCGAGGCCAUCGCCCAGCGCUUCUUCACGCCCGAAGCAGCGCUCGGUAUCUCGAUGGCCGUACUUGAGGACGUUCAAAGCAUCUUGAGCGCCAAUGAUGAGACGAGUAGUCUACCGAGCACACUGUUUGACAUGGCUGACUCGGAGGCGAUGCAAACAUCCGUUUUGCGCAAGCCCAGCACCAAUGACAUCCAUGACGAAGACGAGCGUGACGACGAGAGGGACGAAAAGCCCGCGCCGGACGUCACGUCGGACGGCUCGGACGACGAAGACGAAUGCGACCGACCAUCGACCGCGUCCGUCCUGAGCGUCGACUUGGACGAUGGCAGCGUGUCGUCGCCGAGGGCUUUGGCGCCCGAGACGCUGGCCGUCGACCGCAACAUGUACGGAAGUAUUCUGCGCUACUUGCACCGGCACGACCAAGUGCCGCUGCGCUGCUGCAACGCCGGGUACCUUUGCGGCAUGGGCAAAGCCUUGGGCGUCCUCGUCUUUUGUCGCGAAGCGCUCUACUUUAUCGAGGGUUACUCGGCCGUCGACGGGUCCGAGCCCGUCUCGAAGCGCAAGACGCAUCUCCAAGUACUCGUGGACCUCACCGACGUGCUCAAAGCCAAGGCGAAUGCGCUGCGUAUCGUCUGCGACAAGGCCAAAGCGUCCAAUGCAACGCUGCGCAAGUGGCGUCUCCCCUACGGUGAGAUCAAGCAAUUUUACCGCAUGAAAUACCAACUGCGCCCGAUUGGGCUCGAGUUUGUCGACACGAACGGCGGGACGUUUUUUUGCACGUUUGACGCCCGCAGUGACCGCGACGACGUCUUCCACGCGCUCUUUGGCAUGCCGAUCCACAACAGCAUUUACUGGGCGCACGUGCUGCGCCAAGGCCCACUCGGAUCGAUGAAGCGACUGCGCCGAAGCUUGACCAAGCAGUGGCUCCGCGGCGCCAUGUCCAAUUUCGAGUACCUCAUCGAGCUCAAUGCCAUGGCCGGUCGAAGCUUCAACGACCUGACGCAGUACCCGGUGUUUCCGUGGGUGCUUGCCGACUAUACCUCCGACGUGCUUGACCUCACGGCACCGAGCACGUACCGCGACCUCACCAAACCCAUGGGCGCCCUUGGGCCAACGCGUGCGGCGCAGUUCUACGAGCGCUACCAAGCCAUGUCGGUUGAAGGUUUCGACGCACCCGCGUUCCACUAUGGCACGCACUACUCGUGCUCGGCGUACGUCACAUACUACCUUUUGCGCCUCGAGCCGUUUAGUGCCAUGGCCAAAGAGCUCCAAGGUGGCGACUUUGACAAGGCCGACCGGCUCUUUCGCAACAUUGGUGCGUCGUGGGCGUCGGCGUCGCGUGAAAACCUGCAGAGCGGCACGGUCGUCGACGACGUGUUGCUGCCACCAUGGGCACGCAGCGAUCCGCGCGAGUUUGUGCGCUUGCACCGCCAAGCUCUCGAGUCGCGCUAUGUGUCGGAGAACCUGCACCACUGGAUCGACCUCAUCUUUGGCUGCAAGCAGCGCGGCGAUGCGGCCGUCGAGUCGCUGAACGUCUUUAUGCACAUGACGUACGAAGGCACAAUUGACUUGGAUGCGAUCGACGACCCCAUUUUACGCGAAGCAACGCUGGCGCAGAUUGAAAAUUUCGGCCAAACGCCGUCCAAGCUCUUCAACAGCCCGCACCCGCAGCGCAAGGUGCCAACGCUCCAUUUGCAGUCGCAUUCGAGCCUCAUGACCCACGCGCACGACCUCUCGCUCAAUGCACCGAGCAGGUGCGAAACGACGAAAGUCGCUAGCUCCGUCGAGACCUACGUCAAGUGGCACACGCCGCUCGCUCCAGCGCUCGUGUCGAUUGGGAAGGAGUACGUCCACCUCAAGAAAGCAUCCGCCUCGCACGUGCUACAGAACGAAGCGAUCGGCGAUGUCAAGUUGUGCGCCGACAAGUUGGUGUGCCGAGGUCUGGGCAGCGUGCUCGUGCCACCGCGCCUCAAAAAGUGCAUUGACUAUGGCAAGCACGGCCACUUGGUCUUACGGGCGCUGCCAAAAGCCAAGCCGCUGCUCGUCCUUGAAGACGUGCACCUUGGCGCGAUCCGGUGCGCAGUCUUUGCCGACGAUGGCUUGACGCUUGUGAGCGGCGGGGACGACGGCGUCGUCAACGUCAUCGAGUGCGUCAAGCUCCAUGGCCAGCGCCACUUUUCGCACAAGGGCAAGUUAGCGGGCCAUGAUGCGCCAGUUCUCUCUGUGGCGAUCAACAAGGCGUUCAACCUCGUACUCUCUGGGUCGGCCGACCUCACGGCGAUCGUAUGGGACCUCCGCAGCCAGGCGUAUCUGCGUGAGCUCUGCGGCCAUAUGACGCCGCUUCUGCACGUCGGUAUCAACGGCGCCAACGGAAACCUCAUGACGGCGUCGUCGACCGAGCUCCGUGUCUGGAGCCUCAAUGGCGACCUCCUCGCCUGCGCCGUGCUGCCAGCACUCGGUCUCCACCCCAUCACGGCGGCCGUCUCGUCGCGCUGUGAUGUAUGGCAGAACGGCGUCGUCGUCGUGACGGGCCAUGCGAACGGGACGCUGACGUGCUGGGGCCUCCAGUUCCCGUCCGAUGUCGAGACGGACCAGCUGCAGACGAGCAAGAAGGAGGAGCCCGUCGCACCUGCGUCGGUACUGUCACCGCGCCAGAGAAAGCCGGUGGCCGUGGCUGGCGAAGACAAGAUCGUGCCAUCUUGCCGCCUCUACGUCAUGAAGCUCCUGCUCGAGCACCGCGCGGCCGUGACGGCGAUCGCGCUCACGGCGGACCAGCGCCAGGUCGUGACGGGUGACGCCGACGGCGUCUGCAUCCGGUGGCACGACGAUAGCCUCGGCGCGACGCCCUUCUCGUAGCAUCUCGUACUACUAGCAUCGAUCGAUCGACCA